AUGAAAUUCGCUUCUGUCUGCCUCUUUGCCUUGCUUGCCGCUUGCGUCUCUGCCGCACCGCCCGCUGCUCAGCAGGAGGCGCAAGUCUUGCGCUACGACUCCGAUGUGCAGCCCGAGGGCUACAACUUCGCUGUGGAGACCAGCGAUGGCAAGUCGCACCAGGAACAGGGCGAGCUGAAGAACGUGGGCACCGAGAACGAGGCCAUCGUUGUACGCGGCUCCUUCUCCUAUGUGGGUGAUGAUGGCCAGACCUAUACCAUCACCUAUCUGGCCGAUGAGAACGGCUUCCAGCCAGAAGGCGCACAUCUGCCCCGUGCCGUGCAAUAAACUGGAAUGCAUUCACUAAGUCAGCCAACAGUCAUUCAGUCUGUCUUGGCCCAAUUGUGUUAACUAUAUUUUAAGUCUUGUCUGAAAUAUAUGAGAAUUAUUUCAUUUGUUGCAAA